AUGGGAUCAGUAAGCAAGGAGAUACUGCACGACGUUCCCCCAUACAUAAGAGUCUACAAAGAUGGAACCAUAGAAAGACUCGUCGGCUUAGACGUUGUUCCUGCAUCUUUCGAUAUCGACACCGGUGUCACCUCCAAGGACGUCGUAAUCUCUCCAGAAACCGGUGUCUCCGCCAGGCUCUACCGUCCAACUCUCACCACCGCCUCAGAAAAACUCCCUCUCGUCAUCUACUUCCACGGUGGAGCAUUCUGCAUCGCAUCGCCCUUCUAUCCCAAGUACCACCAGUCACUUACCAACCUCGUUUCAGAAGCACGUGUCAUCGCCGUCUCCGUCGAUUACCGGCUCGCACCAGAGCACCCACUUCCGGCAGCCUUCGAUGACUCACACGCCGCUCUCCGGUGGGUCUCCUCCCAUGCUCCCGGUGGAACCGGGACGGAAGAAUGGAUAAAAGAAAACGUUGACUUCAACCGUAUCUUCCUCGCCGGCGACAGCGCCGGAGCAACCAUAGCUCACGACAUCGCCAUGCGAAUAGGAUCAAACCCAGACCCGACAAUUCCGAAACUUUCGGGUAUUAUUUUAAUAAACCCGUAUUUCUGGGGAAAAGAGCCAAUCGGGUCAGAGAAAGCGGAUCCUGUGAGGAAAGCUAUGGUGGACAAAUGGUGGGAGUUCGUAUGCCCAUCGGAUUCUCAACUCGGGUUAGACGACCCGUUAAUCAACCCACUGAUGGACGGAGCUCCGGAUAUGUCGGGUCUGGGUUGCGGGCGGGUGAUUGUAACCGUUUCUGAAAAUGAUAUAUUAAGAGACAGAGGGUGGGCGUAUUAUGAAACUCUGGUGAAGAGCAAAUGGGAAGGCAAAGUAGAGAUGAUGGAGAUCGAAGGUGAAGAUCAUGUAUUCCAUAUUUUUGACCCUAAUGGUGAAAAAGCCGUAAAUAUGAUGAAAAGAGAACACCGGAAAGUCGGAACACUACCGCCGGAAAAGAUAAACGUCACCACCGGAAAUGAUGAACGUCACCACCACGACGACGGGUCAACACAUCUAGCCUAUACGACCACCGCAACUCAACACCACCACCACCGUCUCCUUGAAAACCUCAUAUCUGAAAAGUAUAAUCGGAAACCACCGCCACUGCUACCAUUUCUGUGGGAAACCAACGAAACCACCGUCGAUAUAGAUCUAUGUCGUCCUUCAUCUCCACCAGAACACCGGAAAGUCGGAACACUACCGCCGGAAAAGAUAAACGUCACCACCGGAAAUGAUGAACGUCACCACCACGACGACGGGUCAACACAUCUAGCCUAUACGACCACCGCAACUCAACACCACCACCACCGUCUCCUUGAAAACCUCAUAUCUGAAAAGUAUAAUCGGAAACCACCGCCACUGCUACCAUUUCUGUGGGAAACCAACGAAACCACCGUCGAUAUAGAUCUAUGUCGUCCUUCAUCUCCACCGUAG